GCGCGGCUUGCUUAAACUUGGCACGCCGCCCGCCGGCCACCAUAACCCGCCAUUUCUACCCCUGGCCCUCCCUCUCCUCCGAUUGGCCCCACCAAACAGGGAGAGAGAGAGGGUGAGAGGGCCCGGCAAAUAAUUCCUCCCUGUAACUGGAUCGAACCAGAGUGCUAGCUCAGCCAGCGUUCCGGCCACCCGGUGGUGCUGCACGUCGUCGUCGUCGGGGUGGUGGUCGCUACAUGCACGUGCUAGUGCUGGUUGCGUAACACAGCCACGAUGCGCCGCGGGACGCUCCCGCUGGCGCUGCUGGCCGCGCUGGCGACGCUGACGGCCGUGGCGGGGCAGGGGCGGCCAGUCACCGACAGCGGCGCCCAGACGCCGCCCACGCCGUCCACCUUCACCCCCAAGGACAGCUUCCUCAUCGACUGCGGCGGGACGGCGCCCGUGAACACCACCGAUGGCAAGGCGUACAAGACGGACGCGCAGUCCAACCAUUUGCUCUCGGCCAAGGACGCCAUCCGGGUCGCCGACGACAAGGCCGACAUGCCCUCGCCGGUGUACCUCACCGCGCGGGUCUUCAAGGAGGAGGCCGUCUACAGCUUCCCGCUCACCGUGCCAGGGUGGCACUUCAUCCGGCUCUACCUCUUCCCGCUCAAGGGCGGCGACGUCGACCUCGCGUCCGCGACCUUCAGCGUGUCCACGGACGUCAACGUCCUGCUCCACAGCUUCACCGCCGAGCCCAAGCCGGUGAUGAAGGAGUUCCUCGUCAACGCCACCGAGAACCACCUUGCCAUCAAGUUCCAACCGCUCAAGGGCUCGGCCGCCUUCAUCAACGCCAUCGAGGUGGUGAACGCCCCAGACGAGAUCAUCACCGACACGGCCUUGGGGAUCGCGCCGGUGGGCCCGACCGGCGGGCUCUCGGAGGCGGCGUACCAGGUCGUGUACCGGCUCAACGUGGGCGGCCCGGCCAUCGGCCCCGCGAACGACACGCUCGGCCGGCAGUGGGACGUGGACACGCCGUACGUGCAGGCCAAGGAAACGGUGAAGGACGUGUCCGUGCCGUCGAGCGCCAUCAAGUACCCCGACGGGACGUCGAGGCUCGUCGCGCCGACGCUGGUGUACGCAAGCGCCGCCAAGAUGGCCGACGCGGACGUCGGGAGCCCCAACUUCAACGUGUCGUGGAAGCUCGACGUCGACCCGUCGUUCGGCUACUUCGUCCGCCUCUUCUUCGCCGACAUCGUCAGCAAGUCCAUGAACGACCUCUACUUCAACGUCUUCAUCAACGGGCGCAAGGCCAUCUCCGGCCUCGACCUGUCCACGGUCACCGGCGAGCUCGCGGCGCCAUACUACAAGGACUUCGUGGUCAACUCGUCCGUCGCCACGGACAAGCUCAGCAUCCAAGUCGGGCCCAUGGGUGAGGACACCGGCCGCGUCGACGCGCUGCUCAACGGCAUCGAGGUGCUCAAGAUGAGCAACUCGGUGGGCAGCCUGGACGGCGAGUUCGGCGUGGACGGCAAGAAGGCCGACGACGGAACCGGCAGCCGCAAGGCCGUGGCGGCCGUCGGGUUCGCCAUGAUGUUCGGCGCGUUCGCGGGCCUCGGCGCGAUGGUGGUGAAGUGGUACAAGCGGCCUCAGGACUGGGAGCGACGCAACAGCUUCUCGUCGUGGCUGCUGCCGAUCCACACGGGGCAGUCGUUCACCACCAGCAAGGGCUCCGGUUACGGGUCCCACAGGAGCGGCAACACCUUCUCGUCGACGAUGGGGCUGGGGCGGUUCUUCUCGUUCGCGGAGAUCCAGGCGGCGACCCAGAACUUCGACGAGAAGGCCAUCAUCGGCGUGGGCGGGUUCGGCAACGUGUACGUCGGCGAGAUCGACGACGGCACGAAGGUGGCGGUGAAGCGCGGGAGCGCGGAGUCGGAGCAGGGCAUCAACGAGUUCAACACGGAGAUCCAGAUGCUGUCCAAGCUGCGGCACCGGCACCUGGUGUCCCUCAUCGGCUACUGCGACGAGAACUCGGAGAUGAUCCUGGUGUACGAGUACAUGCACAACGGGGUGUUCCGCGACCACAUCUACGGCAAGGACGUGCCGCCGCUGUCGUGGAAGCAGCGGCUGGAGAUCUGCAUCGGCGCCGCGCGCGGGCUGCACUACCUCCACACCGGCACGGCGCAGGGCAUCAUCCACCGCGACGUGAAGACCACCAACAUCCUGCUGGACGACAACUUCGUGGCCAAGGUCUCCGACUUCGGGCUGUCCAAGGACGGGCCCGGCAUGAACCAGCUGCACGUGAGCACCGCCGUGAAGGGCAGCUUCGGGUACCUGGACCCGGAGUACUUCCGGUGCCAGCAGCUGACGGACAAGUCGGACGUCUACUCAUUCGGCGUGGUGCUGCUGGAGGCGCUGUGCGCGCGGCCGCCCAUCGACCCGCAGCUGCCGCGCGAGCAGGUGAGCCUCGCCGAGUGGGGCAUGCAGUGGAAGCGCAAGGGCCUCAUCGAGAAGAUCAUGGACCCGAAGCUCGCCGGCACCGUGAAUCAGGACUCGCUCAACAAGUUCGCCGAGACCGCCGAGAAGUGCCUCGCCGAGUUCGGCAGCGACCGCAUCUCCAUGGGCGACGUGCUGUGGAACCUCGAGUACGCGCUCCAGAUGCAGGAUGCCAACCCGCCCGAGGGCGCCGAGCAGGCCGGCGAUCAGCAGGACUCCGCCGACGGCUCCGUCGCCACCGUCUCAACGGAGAGCAGCUCUGGCGCCACCUCCGUGCCCGACACUUCCACCGCCGCCGCUGGCGAGCUCUUUCAGCAGCUCGCCGACAUGAAGGGGAGGUGAUCCAUCGAUCAAACACAGUUGACCAGCACUCAGCACCGCCUUCUGCAUGCACGCAUUGAUGCUGCACGCACGGUGAAAAAGAAAAGGAAAUUAAAAAACAAAACAAAAAGAGACUGACGAUUAUAUGCACGUGUGCGUGUAUCGCCUCUACAUUGCUGUCGCAUUGGUCGCAAGCAACAACUAGUACUGAAAAAUCGAUUCUUUCGAUCUGUCUAAGACGAGGGGUGUGAACUGGCGAUGGCGAGGAACCUGAUUCAGAAAUUUCCGACUAAUAUACGCCUUAAUGUAUUCAAUUCGAUCGUGGUGUUA